AUGACCAAUAGUCGCGGCAAUCGUGAUUCAGCUCCCAAUUGGUCAGAAUAUCCUGUUGUCGGCACCGAUACGGUCAACAAAAUUAUUAUCGUAACUGAGGCUCGUAGCGGAUCAACAUUUCUCGGCGAUUUAUUACAACAAAGUUGGCCAACAUUUUACAACUUUGAACCGCUGAUAACAAUGCGGGUAAAAAACCCGCGAACCGACCAGUCGACUGUUACCGAUGCGGUCAAACUGUUGACCAGUCUCCUGGACUGCCAGUUCACGGCUCUUGGCGACCAUUAUUUGCGUCCAGUUUUCUGGAAAGUUCCCUACUUUUCCUGGAAUCUUGCAAUGAAAGACAGUGUCCGAAGAGAUCAACUCCAGUAUUUCAAUGCAACGCUCAACCAAUAUGUUUGUAACAGAUGUCGGCACCGACUCAUCAAAACCAUUAGGUUUGGUGUCGAAGACUAUCUACAACUGAAACAAAAGUCAAAAACACCCGUAAAGUUGGUAUUCCUGGUACGCGACCCCCGAGGUGUCAUGAGUUCCCGUUAUCGUAUGCAAUGGUGUCUCAAUUCACCCAAUUGUACGGAUGUUGAUGUCCUCUGUCAGCGGAUGCGAUCAGAUAUUAGUGCAUUGAUUCAGAUGAAAAAGUGGUCAAAAGACAAUGUAACGGUAGUCCGUUAUGAGGACUUAUCACUGAAGCCGUUUGAAACCACUAGAUAUUUAUACGAAAAUCUUGGCCUCCAGUUUACGCCGGCUGUCGAACAAUGGCUGGCCGAACAUACCAUUACCGACGACAUACUGGCCAAUCCGCACUCGACUAUACGUAACUCCCGAUUGGCACCGCUAUCAUGGAUACCGAGGAUGUCGGUCAACGAUGUACUUGAAGUACAAGAGUUUUGCUACGAUGUUAUGCAACACUUUGGCUAUAAGAUUGUCGACAAUCUUGACUACGACUAUAACGAUACUAAAGUGUUAGAUAACUAUACGUUGGAUCAGAUACUUGAUCUUAACUAUUCGUUAAAGGAUUUGUUAUAA